AUGGAUCUAGAAGCUCCACUAAGACUUUCUAGUUCAGGUCGUUGUUGCAAAAACAGUGAAUUCGACGAAAAAUUUCAAAAUCUUUGUGCAUCGACCAAGAUACAGCUUCAUUUGUUGGAUACUAUUUUGGGACUUUAUCUGUGGUACGUUUUAAGCGAAGUUGAUUUCUUUUCGGAUUACUUUUGGGACGCAUUAAACUUCACGAUUGCGAGGUUAGAGAUGCUAAUUCAGUGGCUAACGCAGUUUCCGGGUGGCUUGAAGCUUAAUGCACCUUUGAAUGUCACACUUGCUAAUUUCUUUUCCUAUCAUAUAGAUGUAUGGCAAAAUUACCUCUCAGCGGCCAGUGUAUGGCUGGGAUUUAGAUUUCUUCCUAUAGCUUGCAUAUCUGGAUUUUCGGUAUUCUUUGCAACGUUGUCGGACCUGCUCAGUAUUCUGACUUUUCACAUCUUCUGCUUUUACGUUCUUGCGUCAAAGUAA